UAAUAAUAUCAGUUUCCAACAUAUUGCAUGCAUUUCCCAAAUUCACAACAAUUCUGAUACAACCACACUAUAACUUGGAUAAUAACUUGUAUUAAUGCAUGGGCGUGUCAAACGUUUUUUAAGUUCAUAUCGAGUCUGAUUUGUCGAAUGGUAUGUCUUCGAAAGGUUUAUGGUUUUUGAUAUUUUAAUAUUAUUACCAGUAACAUCGUGACUCGUCUGGUUACCGUUUUAUAUUAAAAUAAAACGUCAAAGUAUAUUUCUUUAAGUUGAAAGGUCAAAGUUCAAAGUGCACAUCCGCCACGACGUAGGGUAGUUGUGCGGCUACGAUGGCUAAACAUCAUCCAGACUUAAUUUUUUGCAGAAAACAGGCUGGUGUCGCCAUCGGGAGACUCUGUGAAAAAUGCGAUGGAAAAUGUGUAAUCUGUGAUUCAUACGUAAGACCCUGCACACUGGUUCGAAUCUGCGAUGAGUGUAACUACGGGUCAUACCAGGGGCGCUGUGUAAUCUGUGGAGGGCCGGGCGUAUCAGAUGCCUACUACUGCAAAGAGUGUACAAUCCAGGAGAAAGAUCGUGAUGGGUGUCCAAAGAUUGUGAACCUCGGUAGCUCCAAGACUGACCUUUUCUACGAGAGGAAAAAGUAUGGCUUUAAGAAGAGGUGAAGAGAAGACAUGCUGGCGGGGGACAUGGACGACUCUUACUUGUACUCAAUAGUGAAAUUCUUUCUUUUGUAAUCAAGUUUUUUUUAGUGUAAUAAAGUUUCUUAAAUGUUUCUUUUUAAAAA